GUAGGGAACGGACAAGUUUGCAUUGCUACCAAGAUCAACUACUGUAAUGAGUCUCUUGGAAUGGAAGAUGGACGAAUAAAAGACGGUGACAUUACCGCCUCUUCUUAUUGGUACAUGUGUGGUCCGGUACCAUGUAGACCAUAUAAAGGCCGACUAAACAGUGACGCCGCAUGGCUGACAGCAACACCAUCUCCAAAUGAAUACCUUCAAGUUGACCUACUUAAAAUAACUAAGCUCACGUCUAUUGCUACGCAAGGUUUCCCACUUGGUCAUUAUGGUGCCAGGUAUACAAGGGAAUACAAGUUAAAAUAUAGUAAUAACGUCGCAUCGUCAUUUCAAGACCACGGUACUACGUUCACUGGCAACACAGACGCAAACAGCGUUGUCAAGAAUGCGAUAAGCCCACCCAUUGUCGCUAGAUAUGUUCGUGUUCAUUCUUUAUCUUGGCAAACCACGAUUGCCUUGCGAAUUGAGCUUUACGGAUGCAAAAAAGGUUUUGAUUUUUCAAUUUAG